AUGACGAUCAAAGAUGAGUCGGAGAGUUGCGGCAGUAGAGCCGUCGUUGCUUCGCCGUCUCAAGAAAACCCUAGACAUUACCGGAUGAAACUCGAUGUCUACGGUGAGGUUUUACAGAGACUCCAAGAAUCUAACUACGAAGAAGCUACUCUUCCUGAUUUCGAGGAUCAUCUUUGGCAACAUUUCAAUCGUCUUCCUGCUCGAUAUGCUCUUGAUGUUAAAGUUGAGAGAGCAGAAGAUGUUCUUACUCAUCAAAGAUUACUGAAAUUGGCGGAAGAUCCUGCAACUAGGCCUGUGUUUGAAAUUCGUAGUGUACAGGUUAAUCCCAGAAAUUCUGCUGACUCUGACCCUGCGUUGGAAGAAGAUGCUCAAAGCUCUAACCCAAGCGGGCAGGGGGUUCUUGCACCUCCAACUUUUGGUUCUUCUCCAAAUUUUGAGGCUAUUACUCAGGGAAAUAAGAUUGUUGAAGAUGUUGAUAGUGCUGUUAAUGCAACAUUGACUACUCGACCAAUGCACGAGAUCACAUUUUCAACCAUUGAUAAGCCGAAACUCCUUAGCCAGCUGACUUCCCUGCUUGGUGAUCUUGGGCUGAAUAUCCAAGAAGCUCAUGCUUUUUCUACUGCGGAUGGUUUCUCUCUGGAUGUAUUUGUAGUCGAUGGUUGGUCUCAGGAGGAAACAGAUGGUCUAAAAAAUGCGCUGAGCAAGGAGAUACUGAAGCUGAAGGAUCAACCUGGUUCCAGACAGAGAUCUAUUGCUUUCUUUGAGCAUGACAAAUCAAGCAACGAGCUGAUACCUGCCUGCAUUGAAAUACCCACAGAUGGAAUUGACGAGUGGGAAAUUGACGUGAAACAGCUCAAAGUUGAAAAGAAAGUGGCAUCUGGUUCUUAUGGUGAUUUGCAUAGAGGCACGUACUGCAGUCAGGAAGUAGCUAUCAAAUUUCUCAAGCCUGAGCGUGUAAACAGUGAAAUGCUAAGAGAGUUUUCUCAAGAAGUUUACAUAAUGAAGAAAGUCCGACACAAAAAUGUCAUUCAAUUUUUGGGUGCAUGCACACGAUCGCCAACUCUCUGUAUUGUGACUGAGUUUAUGGCUCAGGGGAGCAUUUAUGAUUUUCUUCACAAGCAGAAACGUCUUUUCAAACUUCAAACUUUGCUUAAAGUUGCACUUGAUGUCGCCAAAGGAAUGUGCUAUCUGCAUCAAAACAAUAUUAUUCACAGGGACCUUAAGACUGCCAAUCUUCUUAUGGAUGAACAUGGACUUGUCAAGGUUGCUGAUUUCGGAGUUGCCAGAGUACAGAUUGAAUCAGGGGUCAUGACAGCUGAAACAGGGACAUACAGGUGGAUGGCUCCAGAGGUCAUUGAGCACAAACCUUACAGUCACAAGGCAGAUGUGUUCAGUUUUGCAAUAGUGCUAUGGGAACUUUUGACUGGUGAUAUCCCAUAUGCUUUCUUGACUCCACUACAAGCGGCUGUUGGGGUUGUCCAAAAGGGGCUUCGACCGAAGAUUCCAAAGAAGACAAACGCAAAAGUGAAGGAACUUCUAGAGAGAUGCUGGCAUAAAGACCCAGAACAAAGACCAGUCUUUGAGGAAAUCAUAGAAAUGCUUCAACAGAUAAUGAAUGAGGUAAACGUCGUUGAUUGUGGGUCUGCUUCAAUUUUCGCGCACGAGAUGGUGUUCUUGAGUUGGGGACAUCCAUCUUCAGAGAAACAGCAACAAGUACUCAAUAAAACAGGAACGUUCAACUACGACACCAAGUACAGAGGAGUUUCGUCUAGAUCAGUAGCUAAACUAAAGGAAGAUUCAGAAGUCGAAAAAGAUGGAUUCUUGAUCAAUCAUUCUCGGGUUUUGGUCGGUUCCGGUAAAGAGAGUUACGAGAAGGGGAAAAAAGCUCUCCAGAAUUGGAAGCAUUUUGGUAUGGAUUGGGCAUUUGUUGACCCUAAAACUCCUGUUGAAACCGGUAAGAAGUUUUGUAUCUGUGUUAAAGAAGUUCUUCCAUGGGUUAUGCUUCCUCUACAAGUGGUUUAUGUCGAUGAAAGCCGGAAAUCUAGAAAAGGUCCUGCACAUUUCGGUUACGGAAGUGGCACUCUUCAGGGGCAUUUACUAGCUGGAGAAGAACGGUUUUCGAUAGAGCUUGACGGAGAUGGUAAAGUAUGGUAUGACAUAACGUCUUUCUCAAAGCCGGCUCAUUUCUUGUCGUUCCUCGGUUAUCCUUAUGUGAAGCUAAGGCAGAAGCAUUUUGCUCAUCAUUCUUCUGAUGCAGUCCUAAAACAUCUUAAUGCUUCAUCAUGA